UGACUGAUCUCCAUUUCGUAGAAGACACUCAGACAAGAGAGCCACUCUCUGGACGAGCCCAGACUGCUGCGGGACUCCGGCUGUUUCCCCAACUUUUCUUUCUUUGCUCGGGUGAAGUUCUUUCUUUCCCAUUGUCAGCAUGAGCGUAGCGGUGGCGGAGGGCUGUUUUCUGUCCGCUCUGCAGCCCAACUCCUCCUGCACCGCCUAUGUGGUUCCCUCGGACGGCCCGUCUCCGGACCCGGUGGCUAAAGCCAGGAGGGUCCGAGAGCAGGUCCGGAUGCGCCUGGCUGAAAAGAAGUCCUCUUCCCUGCCUAGACUGGACGACUCGCUGGUCGGAUCAACAGAUUGUCGUGAAUCCGCAUCACACCGCUUCCUAUCAGACUGCAGCCGAGACUACAGCAUUCCUGAUGCAAAGAGCUUUACUCACACCCAUGGUUUCAGUUCCAGAUCCAUGAUACACACACCUAGCCGUGUCAUGGCUGUGGCCACAGUGCCCCUUCACUCUUCUGGUUUUUCCUCCCGCUCUGCUGUGGAAAGCAGUUCCCGGGGGAGGAAUAAAGGAACCAGCAUGGUCCAGAGCCACUUCCAGACGUCCCAAUCACACAGCAGAAGCAGACGCUCUAAAUCACUGUGCCAGGCAGACCAGGAGGCGCUUCCUCUCACUGUGUUGGCUCCUCCAGAGAAUCCCUCCUACCUGCUCACAGUGCCUCCCCCCGGCACUCUAAGGCGCAGUCUCAGUGGGACACUGGCCCAGGAUAGAGGCUACUGGCAGGAGGAGGAGCAGCCCUAUCAGUACACCUACAAAGGCCCCUCCCACCGCACCAUCAGCCGUAUUACCAACCGACAGCAGCACUACCAGCAGCAGAGCUCUGGCUUUGGCCAGGAGGGAUGGGUGGGGACUGGCAGGGGGGUCCCCAUGGCAGGGGACGGCUGGGGGACACAGUGGAAGCAGCACGUGUCCAGGGCCAACCACGCCAUGGGGACAGGGCAGUACCAAGCCCCCCUUCACCGGGCCAGCUCCCUCCACAGCGUGAGGAGCGUCGGAAAAGGAGUGGAUAUCUUGGAUGGAGCAUCGAUAAACAGCAACGACCCACUGGAAGAGAUUCAGCGUCUGGACAUGGCUACAGCUGUCAGAUAUCUGUCUGAGUCAGAUGCUGCCUUGCAAGUUCUGGGAGCUGCAUACAUACAACACCAGUGUUACCUUAGCAAUGAUGCCAAAAACCAGGUCCGUGCCCUGCAUGGCGUUCCAGCUCUGGUUCGGCUUUUCUCCAGUGACAACCAAGACGUGCAGCGUUACUCCACUGGCGCCAUGCGGAACCUCAUCUACGAGAACGCUGACAACAAGACGGCACUUGUAGAUGCCGGUGGAGUGAUGCAACUCGUCAGCAUCCUGAGCGAACCUGACGAGGAGCUUCAAAAGACCAUCACAGGUGUCCUGUGGAAUCUGUCCUCCAGAGACAACCUGAAGGAGAAGCUGUCCAAAGAAGCUUUAUCAGAGCUGACAGAGAAAGUACUGAUUCCUCUGUGCAGCAACAUCCCACUAAGCUCAUCUGAGAGAGACAUCUUCUACCACACCACUGGAUUCCUCAGGAACUUGAGCUCAGUGAACGAGAGGACGAGACAGAAGAUGAGAGGUAUGCGAGGCCUGGUAGACUCUCUGGUGUCCUACAUUCAACAAGAGGAUAUGGCAAAUGACAAGGGUUUGGAGAAUUCAUUGUGUGUGAUGAGGAAUCUUUCCUACCAGCUGUACACAGAGCUCUCGCCCUCAGUCCGACUCCGCCUGGAGGGCCCAACAAGAGCCUCGGCCUCCAGGGACAGUGAGGCCAUCGGCUGCUUUACUCUGUAUAGCAAAAAAGACACAGAGCGUAACCAGAAUCUGUCCAUACUGUCUGAGGUAUCCCGGCAGCCUAGUGGAGCAGAGUGGCUGUGGCACCCUAAGGUGGUGGGACUUUACAAGCUUGUUUUGCAGAACAGCGACAGCAACUCCAGCAGCCGCGAGGCUGCCAUAGGAGCCCUGCAAAAUAUCACUGCAGGAGAGGGCAGGUGGCCAUCAUUGUUGAGUGGUGUGGUGAUAGAGCAGGAGAGGAUGCUGCCCAUACUGCUGGAUCUGUUAGACACCAACAGUGACGUGGAACUGAGGCCUCUGACCGGCCUGCUGAGAAAUCUGGCCAGACACUCCUCCAACAAAGACCACAUGGCUAAGAACAUGGUGAACGUUCUCGUAUCCAAGCUGCCCAGUGAUGGCUUUCAGAAAACGCCACCGAGCGAAGUGGUGGUCAACAUCUGUGGAGCCCUCAAUCACCUGGUAAUCUGCAGUUCCUUGGCAGCCCGGGACAUCUCAUACUUCAACGGCCUGCCGAAACUGGUGGGCAUCAAAACAUCCCAUGAUAACAGCUCUGGGAGUCUCAAAGCUGCUAGAGCUGCCUCAACUGUCCUCUGCAACAUGUUCCAGUACAACAAACUGCACAAAGACUACAAACUGAAAGGAUUUUCCAGACGAGACUUCACAGAUGCCACCAUCUAGGCUGCAGCAUGUUACAUAAUUCAGUCUGAGCACAGGAUCAAGGCUGCUGUGAGGAAAAGAGGAACAACAGCAGAUAAUCGAACUGUGAUGGACCCACAGGAAGGGGGAAAUGUUUGUAAUCCAUAAAAAGUAAUGUUAUCCACACACACAGUGGACUCCAGAAGAUGACCAGUGACCAAUGACCAGAAGCUCUGUGUGUAUAUUAGGGUCUAACUGAUGGGGUUGGGGUUUUGGCACUGACACUGAUUGCAAUUAUUUUGGACUGAUGUUGCUGUUGAUACAGCCGGCACAGUGUGAUACCCACAUUAGAUAGAUACUGUAGAUAAGCCCAGUGUUAAAAAUGCAAAAUGAGACCGGUAAAUCAAAUGUACAUGAUUUACCCGUCUCAUAUGUGUACAUGUACACAUCCGUCCAGUUCAGUCAGUGCGUGGAGUGCACGUGGCCGAGCAAUGUGGAAAUAAAAUGGACAGAGCAGGUGGAAGAGAGAACAACGGAAAGAGAAAAGGGUUCUGCAAAAUUACAGAUAUGUUCAUGAGCAAGGGACAUGGUUAGUCUUUAAAAUAAUUACAAACGUACUAAACAUACCUUCCUUAGUUGAUUCUGUGUUUUAGAAAAUGAAGAAAUUGCAUUAACACUUUAUCAUGCUAUGUAGGAAAGCAGUGCAUGCAUGGAAAUAUUGAAAAUCAAUACCUGUAUACUCUUGUCUGUACCUAGAGUUACUCAGAGCUACCAGAGCUUCAUGAUGAUCGACAGCUCUGAGGAAAUGUCAGUUACAAAACAAACACCCCAGAAAUUAUAUUUAUGAAUACUUUUGCCUGCAGCCUUAAUUUUGCAAAGAGCAAAUUACUAAUUCUUGAAACUGAAGGCACUUGUUGCUGGGUUUUUUUGUGUGUGUUUUUUUUUUUUUUUAAUGAAGCAGUGUUUGUGUACAGUAAUGCAACUAAAAUAUAUGUUACUUGCAUAAAUAAUUUCAGCAGAA